UUAUGCAACUAUGGACGAAAAGCAUGCGUACAUGUCGCGUAACUGAGGCAGAAAUUCAGGCGCUUAUUUGCACCCCGCUUUCACCCCUCGACCACCAGAUUCGUUAUUGUUUCUAUAUACAUCAGCAUGUCUACUAGACCAAAACAAGCACCGCGAAUGGCUCGGCCUGCUGCUCGUUACUGGGCCGGUAAGGCUCCUAAGAAUGUCGUUGGAGCCGAUUCUGACACCGAGGAUGAGGAGGAGCAACCUCAAACGGAGGAAGAAGGAGAUGUAAAUAUUGGCGGUGAACAAGAAAUAAUACAGGACAAAGAUGAGGGUGAAGACGAGGAUAUGCCAAUGAAGAAACAAGGCCUCAAAUCGAAGUCGAUGAAUAUUGCAUUGAGAGAUGUUGAUAUAUCAACUGACGGCAAGGUUAUCGUUGCUGGCCGGGAAGAAUCUGGAAAGACGGUGCUGGAAGAGGAUGAAGAAUCCGAGGAUGAAUCGGAAGAGGACAUUGAAUCGAAGGUAAAGCAAGAGGAAUCAGAGGAAGAUUCCAGCGAGUAUGAAAGUGACUCAGAAGAAGAGCAGAAACCCAAAUUACAGUUCAGACCGGUCUUCGUUGCAAAACGGAAUCGGGAAACUAUUGCUGAACGUGAACAGUUGGCUGAAGAUACCGAAGAAGCUUUGAAACGAAAGGAAAUGGAACUUGAGGAGCGACGGAAACAAAGUCAUGAUCUGGUUGCAGAGAGUAUUCGACGUGAAUUGGCGGAAAAAGAGAAAGAAGAACAGGUUCCGGACGUUGAUGAUACAGAUGGGCUAGACCCGGCUGGUGAAUUCGAAGCAUGGAGGUUGCGGGAACUGGCGCGUAUCAAGAAGGAGAAGGAGGAAGAGAUUCGCAGGGAGCAAGAGCGGGAAGAGAUUGAACGAAGAAGAGCUAUGCCAGAGGAGCAACGAUUGAAGGAAGAUUUAGAGAGAGCGCAAAAACUGAGGGACGAAAAGCCGAAGGGGCAGCAGAAGUUUCUUCAAAAGUAUUGGCACAAAGGUGCUUUUCAUCAGGAUACAGAAAUUCUCAAACGACACGAUUUCACUGAAGCAACUGAAUCGACAAUGGAUGUAUCGCUGCUUCCCAAGGUUAUGCAAGUCAAAAACUUUGGUAAACGAAGUAGAACAAAAUAUACCCAUCUUCUGGAUCAGGAUACCACUAUAGCUACCGGAGGCUUUGGUGGUACGGCACCUGUUAAGGCGGGUGGCAAGUCUACGGAAGCCGGUGGCUGUUUCCUGUGUGGGGGACCACACAUGAAAAAAGACUGCCCGCAAAAUGUCGGUCCAUUAACAAGGCAGCCGGGAUCAGGUGCUAAUGCCGCCCCAGGUGGUUCGCGACCAUGGGGAGGUACGCCUGGGCAAUCGAGCUCCUGGAAGGACCGUGACAACGGUGGUAGGCAGAAUGGUGAUGGAGAUUGGAAGAAUGGGCGCGACAGUUCUCCGCGACGGGAUCGAUACAGGGACCAAGAACCUUAUCCGAGAGGGGGCAUGGGGUCGUCUCGGUCAUUAAAAAGAAGGGACGAACAUGAUUCACGUAGAUCGCGCUCACCGCGUUCAGUGUCCCGCUCGAGGUCUCCACCACGGCGGAAAGAUCGCCAAGAUGACCGUUCAUAUGGGCGAGGCGAGAGACGGCAGUUUCGAGAUCGGUCUGAGGAGCACGAUUCGAGGGACAAGCGGCGACGAGUAGAUUAUUAGUUAAAUUGUUGAUAUGAGUUUUUCCGCCCGUUCAAUCUGCCAAGUGUACAUAAGUAUGUCUUCCAGGUGUCUUCUUCAGAAGUUCUUAUGUAUGUAGUGGUAAGUAGCCGGAACACCGGGGAAUACCCCUUCGACUGACUUGUCACCCCGAAAUCAAGU